AUCACCUACGUUCAGCAGACGAAACGACAGCUGUAUGAUAUUCACAAGAAUUAAUAACUUGCUGACACUCACACUGUUUGUUCGAUAAAAUAUGAGACUUUUUGUCUUGUUUCUUUUCUUUGCGUUGUUGCAAGUCGUCCAAGGAUGGUGGUGGCAUCACCGUCGUAGACGUAGACAUCGCCGAUGUUCUGCACAGCAUUGCGUGGUCAGUUCUUGGUCGAGUUGGAGUUCUUGUAGUCAUCAAUGUGGAAAUGCAGGUCUACAGACACGAACAAGAAGUAAGAUUAGACAUGAAUCUUGUGGUGGAAGUUGUUCACAUAGCUUUAGCCAAAGAAGGGCAUGCAACAGAUAUUGCCCUAAUGCAGGAACCCCGACCUAUGGAAAAUGUAUCUGUAAAAAAGGUUGGAAAGGAACGUGCUGCACAACAGAUAUCAAUGAAUGUACCCUUUCUACCCAUAACUGUCACAAGAAAGCAACCUGUACCAAUAAAUUAGGAUCAUUUUCAUGUAAAUGUAAUAUUGGUUAUUCGGGAAAUGGAAUUCUUUGCAAAGAGAUAAAACCGUGCCAGCCAAAUCCUUGUAAAAACAAGGGUAUUUGUACAAAAAAAGGAUAUACAUUCUCGUGUAAAUGUGCUGAUGGUUUUAAAGGCAAAACCUGUGAAGUUGGAGUUUGUGAUCAUUCCCCUUGCAAAAAUGGUGCCCAAUGUCUUUUUGAAGGCAAUUCAUACAAAUGUAACUGUCCUCCUAACUUCGUUGGAUUUCACUGUGAAAAGGAGCUUCCAAGUCCUUGCAAGCCAAAUCCAUGCAAAAAUGGUGGACAAUGCAACGUAUUUGGCAAAAUUUACACCUGUAAAUGCAAGCCUAAGUUUGGCGGUAACAACUGUGAACAUUCUGAAACGUCAUGUUAUGCUUCUGGUGAUCCUCAUUACACCUCAUUUGAUGGCAAAAGAUUCGAUUUCAUGGGAGACUGUGAAUACGUGUUUGCAAAAGACUGUAGCAAAGACAAACUUUUUGAAAUCCGUACUAAAAACGUCAUUUGUGGAAAGAGUGCUACCUGUACAGAAUAUGUCAGCAUCAUUAUAGCUGGAAACUCAAUUUUGAUGACACGUCAGCGUGGUACAGCAGUUGUAAAUAGGGUUAGGCUGUCAAAGUUCCCAAUAAUCCGUCCCGGAUUCGAAAUCACCAAUCCCAGUAGGAGUUCGCUGAUUGUUAAAACUCACAUCGGAGUAUCAGUGAGUUGGAACUUUUGGAUGAAUGUAAAGGUCACAGUUUCUGGUAAAUACAAGGGAAAGUUAUGCAACACAUCUCUAUGUGGCAACAACAAUGGUGAUAAAAAUGACGACAUUCACUACAGUAGAAAAUGUGCUCCACCACCAGCAGUAUGUAUUCCUGAUUCCAAAAAGAAAGCAGCGAUGAAUAAAUGUCACUUGAUGAGCGAUAUUAGCUCUCCGUUCUACCGUGCAUGUAAUCGAUUUAGUAGCGCGGAAAAUUUGAUCAGUAAUUGCAAAUAUGACGCAUGUCGUUGUAUUGAUCCAAUGAAAUGUGUUUGUAACGCUUUUGCUGCUUACAGUAAACUUUGUGUUGAAUAUGGUGGUGUUCUUGACUGGAGAUUCAAUGGAACUUAUUUGUAUCCAAAACUAAAAGAAUGUGAGCAAACAUGCAGCAACAAAGAAGAAAUUUUCACAGAAUGUGGAUCUGCUUGUGCAAAAACAUGUCGUGAUAUAUCACGUGGUCUAAACUGCAGUGAAACCUGCAUUCCCGGUUGUUAUUGUCCCAAAGGAUCUUACUUGGAUGACAAGAAUCAUUGUGUUCCUGUGAAGAAAUGCCCAUGUUUCUUUGAAGGAAAGUAUUAUAAAGCUGGCGAAAAUGUCAAAGUUGGACGAUGUAAAACAUGUACGUGUAAUAUGGGAGCUAUGGCUUGUGUCAAAGAUCGAAAAUGCUCCACUAUAGGUCCUUGUGAGUCUUUCCCUUGUAAAAAUGAUGGUGCUUGUAGCGAGAAUGGGAAUAGUUUCAUUUGUACUUGUACCAAAGAAUAUAAAGGAAAAACAUGUGAAGUUCCAGUACCAACACCGUGUGACUCGCGUCCUUGUAAAAAUAACGGUAUUUGUACAAACAACGGAAGUACAUUUUCGUGCGAAUGUGAUUAUGGUUUUGAAGGCAAAACGUGCGAAGUUAUGAAUCCAUGUGCAAAACAACCAUGUAAAAAUGACGGUGUUUGUAAAACGAAUGGAUCUUCUUAUCAAUGUGAAUGUAAAUUUGGUUUCAGAGGAAAGACUUGCCAAUAUAUUGAUGCUUGUACUAAAAAUCCAUGUAAGAAUGGUGGUACUUGUACAAAUGUUGGAUCUUCUCAUCAAUGUAAAUGUACAUCUGAUUUUACUGGAAAGAUUUGUGAGGUCAGUGCUCUACCUGUCUGCACUAAUGCAGAUUGGACGAAAUCUUUUAACAAAAAGGGAUGGUCAAAAUGUCGUACCAAAAAUAAUUUUAUCACUGGCUUAUAUCGCAGCAGAUAUACCAGAAGAUUUGAUAGAAUUUCCGUCUAG